UAUAUAAUAAUAGAUAUGUUAAUUAUUAUCUUCCACAGCCGUCUAGGGUUUGCCUUUCAUCUUCUCUUUCAUCUUCUCUUUUCGUCGUUCGGCUCCGUUGCUUUUGCAGGAGGUGUAGAGAUUGCAGGCGUCGCUUCUUCGGCUCCUUCGUGGCUGUUCGACUUCGCUCCUGCGACGACUUCAACCCCGGAUCGGAAGUUACGACAUUUUGAUCGGAAGCAAGAACGGGAGCUCGCUGGCUGUGAAGAUAGCAGGCUCAUUAAUCAAUAUUCUCGGAGGAAAACAAUGGAAGUUGUUGCAUCGGCUCCCGGGAAAGUGCUCAUCUCCGGCGGUUACCUCAUUCUGGAGAGACCCAAUGCCGGGCUCGUCUUAAGCACGAAUGCUCGAUUCUAUGCAAUAGUGAAGCCGCUGUAUGAAGAGAUUAAACCAGAGAGCUGGGCGUGGUCUUGGACGGAUGUGAAAGUUUCAUCUCCCCAACUUUCCAGAGAGGCAACAUACAAACUGUCACUUGAGAAAUCAACGCUUCACUGUACCACCUCAAGGAAUUCUGUGAACCCUUUCGUUGAGCAUGCAGUGCAAUAUGCAGUAGCAGCUGCAAGGAGAAACUUUGUUGAAAAGGGGAAGAAGGAUGUGCUAGAAAAGGUUCUUGUGCAAGGGCUUGAUAUUACCAUCCUAGGAAGCAAUGACUUCUAUUCAUUUCGUAGUCAGAUUGAAGCGCAUGGGCUACCUUUGACACGAAAAACAUUGGCAACGUUUCCAUCAUUCUUCUCUAUCACAUUUAAUACUGAAGGUUCGAAUGGAACAGUUUCUAGAAGUUGCAAACCUGAAGUUGCUAAAACUGGAUUAGGGUCAUCUGCAGCAAUGACUACAUCCGUUGUUGCGGCUCUACUUCAUUACUUUGGAGUUGUCAAACUUCCAUCUUCAUCUAUAUCUCUGACUGAACAAGUAUCAGCUGAGUUGAAUAUUGAUAUGGUGCAUAUUAUAGCUCAAAGUGCUCAUUGUUUAGCUCAAGGGAAAAUAGGCAGUGGAUUUGAUGUUAGUGCAGCAGUCUAUGGUAGUCAACGUUAUGUUCGAUUCUCACCUUCAGUUCUUUCUUCUGCUCAGGUUGGAGGAAGCUAUAUGCCUGAUGUGAUCUCUGACAUUCUUAAUGCGAAGUGGGAUCAUGAAGCAUCUCGAUUUUCUUUGCCUCCACUAAUGACACUUUUGCUUGGUGAACCUGGCAGUGGUGGAUCAUCUACUCCAUCAAUGGUAGGUUCAGUGAAGCAAUGGCAGAAGUCUGAUACCAAAAAUUAUCUUGAAACACGGACACGACUGGCAGAUGCUAAUGCAAAGCUUGAAGCUCAGCUGAAUUUAUUAAACAAGUUUGCACGGGAACAAUGGGCAAUUUAUGAACACAUCAUGGGGAUGUGCUCAAAUUCUGCACAUGAAAAGUGGAUGGAGCAAGUUGUUGAUCAAUUUCAAGAGGAAAUUGUUAAGUCACUUCUUGGAGCAAGAGAUUAUUCCUUCGAGAUUAGGUUUCUUAUGCAACAGAUGGGAAAAGCUGCUGGCGUACCUAUAGAACCUGAAUCACAAACUCAGCUUUUGGAUUCCACGAUGAAUAUGGAAGGCGUUCUGCUAGCUGGAGUUCCUGGAGCUGGUGGCUUUGAUGCUAUUUUCGCCAUCAUCAUCGGAGAAGCCACGGAUGCUGUAGCGAAGGCCUGGAGCUCAGUAGGUGUGCUUCCAUUGUUAGUUAAGGAAGAUUCUCACGGUGUAUCACUGGAAGCAGGUGAUCCCAGAAACAGCGAAUUGACUUCUGUCAUAUCAUCUAUCAAAAUAAACUAGACACAAAUUAGAUGUAUUUAUUGCAAACGGUAUUUUGAAAAUAAUUGGUAGUUUAAUUAGAUUGUAGUAUAUUUGCACUUGCCCUGUCAACCUAUUUUUUCAAUUUCAUUUGCACUUUUGUUUCUGAAUCUGAUGUAAUUGUAUUUAGGGGAUAAUGAAAUCGCAGAACGUCUAUCACACCAUGCCUUAUUUCUUGUUU